GGAGGCGCUUCCUGGGGUGUCGGAACCGGGAAGGCGUCGGACUAGCUCCUGGUCUCCUACCCCUCGUGGGCCCAGCGGAGCAGCGUGGGGCGGCGGCGGCGGACGCCCGGGCUGAGAGCGGCGGCCACCGAGGGCCCAGCCAUGGCCGAGUCAGUGGAGCAGCUGCGGCAGCGGGUUGAGGAGCUGGAGCGGGAACUGGCCCUGGAGAGAAGCCGGAGGAUCCUGGGGGGCGGCGAUGGAGGGGGCGGCCGGACCCGCAUCGAGAAGAUGAGCCCCGAGGUGGUGGACUCCAAUCCCUACAGUCGCCUGAUGGCUUUGAAACGAAUGGGAAUUGUAAGCGACUAUGAGAAAAUCCGCACAUACGCUGUUGCAAUAGUCGGUGUUGGUGGAGUUGGUAGCGUGACUGCCGAAAUGCUGACAAGAUGUGGCAUUGGUAAGUUGCUACUUUUUGACUACGACAAGGUGGAAUUGGCCAAUAUGAACAGACUUUUUUUCCAGCCUCAUCAAGCAGGACUGAGUAAAGUUCAAGCAGCAGAACAUACCUUGAGGAACAUUAAUCCCGAUGUUCUUUUUGAAGUUCACAACUAUAACAUCACCACAGUGGAACACUUUCAACAUUUCAUGACUAGAAUAAGUAAUGGCGGGUUAGAAGAAGGAAAGCCUGUUGACCUAGUGCUUAGCUGUGUGGACAAUUUUGAAGCUCGAAUGGCAAUAAAUACAGCUUGUAACGAACUUGGACAAACAUGGAUGGAAUCUGGGGUCAGUGAAAAUGCAGUUUCGGGGCAUAUCCAGCUCAUAAUCCCUGGAGAAUCAGCUUGUUUUGCGUGUGCUCCACCACUUGUGGUUGCUGCCAACAUUGAUGAGAAAACUCUGAAACGAGACGGAGUCUGCGCAGCCAGUCUUCCCACCACUAUGGGCGUGGUUGCAGGAAUCUUGGUGCAAAAUGUACUAAAGUUCCUGUUAGAUUUUGGUGCUGUCAGCUUUUACCUUGGAUACAACGCAAUGCAGGAUUUCUUCCCUACCAUGUCCAUGAAGCCAAAUCCUCAGUGUGACGACAGGAACUGCAGGAAGCAGCAGGAAGAGCAUAAGAAGAAGGCAGCAGCACUGCCCAAACAGGAGGCUGUCCCUGAGGAAGAGGAGCACAUUGUGCAUGAGGAGAACGAGUGGGGCAUUGAGCUGGUGUCUGAGGUUUCAGAAGAGGAACUGAAGAAUUCUUCUGGUCCCAUUCCUGAUUUACCUGAAGGAAUUACAGUGGCAUUCACAAUCCCCAAGAAGCAAGAAGAUUCUGUUCCUGAAGUAACAGUGGAAGAUUCUGGAGAAACCCUGGAAGACCUCAUGGCCAAGAUGAAGACUCUGUAGAUAAUGGACUGGCGUAUAUUUUAUUUUCUGUGCUUAUGUUAUUCCCUUGAAAUUGAAGAAAAAAAUCGGAACUAAUAAAAUUUAGGGGCACAGUA